UAGAAGAAAAAGAAGACGGAGCUACAGCCUAGUCGAAGGCAAGCCAAAGAGCCGACACUCGCACAAAGGCGCAGGGGGGAUUAGCUUUAUGCGGAAUUGGAGACAGAAUCGGUGGAUCCGUGGUGAAAGAAUGACGAGCGAAAAGUAUGCAACCGCCGUGGUACAUUACCUGAGGUGAAACGAGAAAAUGAUAGAAGAAACACACCCAAACGAUGACAGCUACAUCGUGCGUGUGAAAGCGGUGGUGAUGACGCGGGACGACUCGAGCGGUGGCUGGCUGGCCCAGGACGGGGGCGCUCUGACCAGGGUGGGGGUGUGCCGCCUCCUGCCAACAGAGCUGGUGCCCGUGCCGGCCUCCAGCUGCUCCCAGUUCCUCAUCCGUGGUGAGCGGCUGCGGGACAAACAGGUGAUCCUGGACUGUCCGCUGAGGAAGGACUUGGUGUACACCAUAGCAACGCCCACGUUUCACCAUUGGAAGGUGGAGGACAGGAAGUGCGGCCUGUCUUUCCAGAGUCCAGCUGAUGCGAGGGCUUUCGACAGGGGGGUACGGAAAGCCAUCGAUGACCUUGCUGAAGGCUCCACAACCUCCUCUACAGCACUCCAGACCGAGGGCGAGCUGGGCGACGACGACGUCUUUACUAACACCACAGACAGCUCAUCCAACUCCUCCCAGAAACUGGAGAGCUCUCUGCAGCCGCUAGAGUCCUCGCCCCUUCCGCAGAGACACAAGUGUAUGCUGGGACAUCGUCACGACCUCCAUGACCCCUAUCGGCUCUCAGACCACUACUUUUUGGACCAGCCCCUGUCUCGGAUUCCUCGCCAUGUCACCUUCCAGGAGGAUGAAGAAAUCGUCCGCAUCAACCCACGGGAGCGCAGCUGGGAGCGAACUUCCGAGCGUGUCCAUGGUCGCCCGUCAGACCGCUCCUGGCUCACGGGCUACGAGGACUACCGCCACGCCACUGUGCGUGACAAGUUCAUCCAAAUGGACGACACUGAGUCCUACGUCCACUUCGCCAAGACGGAGUCGCAGAAGCACGACUACACUUACCCGCUGGCGCCGGCCCUGUCGCCCUCAGACUCUGACCCAGCUCUCGGACCCUUGACCAAUAAGGGCCAAGGCGGCUCGUAUCGCCAAGGCUUCUCCUCUGUGGUCUCCAACCAGCCCCGUUCCUUCCUCCCGAGCUCUUCCCCGUCCACUAAUGGCGGGAAGGGGCGGAAGCAGGACGGGAUGGAACGCGCUCAAUGCGAGCACUGUGGCGAGGCCUUUUACAUCACCAACAAUCGGAGAGGCCGAUGCCAGGAUGCGCCGGACCCUGUGCGGGCGUGCAUCCGGCGGGUCAGCUGCAUGUGGCUGGCAGACACCAUGCUCUACCACUGCAUGUCCGACCCAGAGGGGGACUACUCAGACCCCUGCUCCUGUGACGGGGGCGAGGGCAGCGGCGGAGGCCGAUUUGGCACACGCUGGUUAGCCCUGCUCGGCUUGUCUCUUGUGGCGCCCUGCCUCUGCCUUUACCCGCCUCUCCACGCUUGCCACCGGGCGGGGCUCGUGUGCGGCUGCUGCGGAGGCCGACACAAGGCGCUGAGCUGAGCCGAGCCCUCCACGCUCGGAAAAAGGCAAAAACCUUAACCCAACGCAAGCACAGGGAAAGGGAAGGAUGGGGGAAGACAGGGAGGGGACAAGUGGUCAUGGCUGCUCGCUCUCUUGCCUUGGUUUCUCUGGGUUUCUCUACAAAUUCCAGACACUGAAAUAAGCCAAAAAAAAAAAACAGUUGGUGCAUUUUCUGAACGGCCUGGGAAGAUAAGCUCCCCCUUACGGCAGACAGUUCUCUCAGCUCUCCACGUGGCCAUUUCAUGCUGUUUCCAGUGAGAGAGCGCUCUUUUUCAGGGGGCCUUUUUUUUUUUUUUUUUUUUUUUUUUAUAGCUGACCUAUAUGUCAUGUAUCACAUAUGCAGGUACUUUAUACUUUGUACACUGACUUGGCGUCAAAGAACUUGAAUUAUUUCUCUUUGUUCUAUUCUUUUCUCUCCUUUGAUGUUCGCGUGGCCAUUUUGUUUAUAUUCUAUUCCAAUAUCAGGCCCGCUCAGCUCUACUCCAGCUACAAGAGAAAUCAGACACUACACCUCUUUGUGUGCGUGCAUGUGCGAGUGUGUGCGUGUGUGUGUGUUUGCGUGUGUAUGUGUGUGUGAAUGGUAUAUGUGCAUGCUUACAAUGUGCGCCGAGGCCUUUUGUUGUCAGUUUUGCAGCUUAUAGUAAAGUUUAUGUAUAUAGUCUAUAUAGCUCUCCACCAUCGACAUCUUCUUUGUUCACUGAAAGAAACGUGGUACUCAUCUUAAUCUAAUAUCCCAAAGAUUUGUGUUUUUAUCCUAUUUAUUUUCUCACUAAAUUGAUCCUACCAGCAAAAAGGGUGCUGGGUUGUGAUUUACUCACUGAAUGAGACGGUGCCUCAAGUCAUUGCUACGAUACUCUUAGCAUUUGUCUCCCUGCUCCUUUCACGUUAUUUCAAACAGUGCCUAAACUAUCACCUAAACCAGGAACCCAUCCAGUCUUUAGAGUUCCAGUCAGUUUUUUUGGCUCAUUUUACUCAACGUACACUUGAAGCAGUGUGAAAUGUUAAGGCUCUGAUUUCCUCAUUUUUCGCAGAAUCUCAGCCAACGGUCCGUGGUCACCUCAAGGACUGGAAAAAGUCAGAGAAACUGUUAAAAAUUGGUGCCCGUUAUUGCCUUAAACCUGUGGAGUUUGGAGAUGGUCACUCUCGCUCCAAUCUUCACCCCAUGUCCCUCCGAAGAUGUCUGCUAUAAUGAAAAGCGUGAGCACGGUUAUGGCUCUAAGCAAUCAGCCUCAUCACGUACACUUAUAAAACUUGGUUUAAACUAUUUUUAUAAUGAAAAGGAACUCUUAAAAAAGUUUCUCAAGUGUGUAAACUAAGGACUUCAGUAUGCCUGCGAUGUACAAUCAGCUCCCCUCUCGUUCAGCCCCUCUCUCUAGUGGAGCCCACCAGUCACAUAUGUGGAACAGCUACAUCCUGCCUGAUGGUGAUUUGAAGGGUUUAAUAAAUUAUUUGACUUUAAAACCAUGUUCAAAGCUUUUCAUAGUAUUCAAAAAGGAAAAUGGAUAUAAAAACCUCCUGGCUAGUUGUCUGACAUACUUGUGAUUGUUUAAGCUCAUAACAGAUGUCUACAACUAGAUUUAAAACUUUAUUUGGCCAGAAAUUGAUGUAAUUUUGACCUUUUUACAUGCACAAUGCUACUAGAACUAUGUUGUGAGUCUUCAACUAUCAAAGAUGAGACUAAAUGUACUUCAUUUGUUAAAGGAAUAGUUUGACAUGUUGGGAAAUACACUCAUUCGCUUUCUUGCCAAGACGUGGGUGAGAGGAAUGAUACCACACAUCUCUGUACAUUAAUAUGAAGCUAACCUGCAGCUGAAAUGCGGCUAGUUUAGCUUCGUAUAAAAACUAAAGAACGGGGAAAAUACACAGAAACAUUUAAAUGCAUGUUAAUUAAUUAGGCUCAAGUCUUUCUGGUAAGGCAAGAUAACAUCUCUGUAGCUGUAGUUUCAUAUUAUCAGGCAUAGAUAUGAGAGUGGUAUUGAUUCCCAGCAACAAAGUGAAUGAAUCUAUUUCCCAAAAUGUUGAACUCUUCCUUUUUAAAGCUUAAUUAUGAGAGAUUAACAUGAGACAACUUGCUGAAAACCACAGUGACAUGUAACUAGCGUGCUCUAUCCCUCUCAGUCCUACAGUAUUUAUGUUUUCCUUCCCAUGCUCGCUCUGGUAUCAUCAUCAUGCCCACAGGCGUCAUAUUUUUGACAAGAGCUUGACAGAUGUACAAAAACAGGUAUUGGAGGGAAAAUUUUAAAAAACGCUGUACUACCUGCUUGCGACACGGCAGACAGCCAAUCACACUCUCACACUGAAAGCACAACACUAAACUGACAACCGCUUGGGUGCUUCUUUUUUUCUUUUUUUUUCCUUGCUUUGUCUAAGCCUGGUUGAUGGCAGCAUCAGGGAUGUAACCGGGAACACAAUGAGCUGGUUAGAAUUUUUUUUUUUUUUUUUUUAUGGAAAAGAAAAGGGGGCGUUAUCUCCAAAAAAAACCCCAACAACAACAACAACAACAAAAAAAACAAAAACAGCUGAAAUCCUGGAAACAAACAUCCAUCUCUGAUUGUUGUGGGAUGAUGAAGGAAAUGUCACUUACUGUAGUUGAAAUACAGAAUGCCUGAGGAUGUCCUUUUUCCUUCUCUGGUUGUGUCUGUCUCAUACAUCCUGUCCUGUGCACCGGUUUGUACGUCCUUGGUGUGUGUGCGUGUGUGUGUGUGUGUGUGUGUGUGUGUGUGCGUGCGUGCAUAUGCGUGUGUCAGCGUUUAAUAAUUUUUCUCUGUCCUGUCCGGUGUUUGUGUGUGUUCUCACAUGUCAGAGCCAUUUACAAGUGCCUGAACGCAUCCUCUUUAUCUCCUUGUGUAUUUAAAUCGAAAAAAUUAAAGAAACGACUCCCUGUAUUGAAUUAGACCCAUUUUUUACGCUUAGUAUUUUUACCUCUGUAAAAAAAGAGCAAAAAUUAUAUUAUAUAUAUCAAGUGUAUGUUGUACAUUUUUAUUUCUAUUUUGUUUUUUUAAAUAACUGUUUCUAACAUGUACGAUGGAUGUAGCUCUUGCUUUUCGAGAAGGAACAGGAAGUACUUUGUAGAUACUGAAGGGUGGCCAGGUCUGUGAGAAAACUAAAGUGAAAUGUGUGUCUUACUUUCCGCCUCCAAUAAAAUGAGAGAAAACAG